AUGUGGAACUCGCCCAAGGUCGGAAUUCUCGGCGGUGGCCAGCUCGGCCGCAUGCUCGUCGAAGCCGCCAACCGAUUGAACAUCCAGGCCAAUGUCCUCGACGCAGAAAACUCCCCGGCUAAGCAGAUCAGUUUCCACGACGGUCAUGUCACUGGCUCGUUCAAGGAGAAGGAGGCUGUGCGUCAAUUGGCCAAGUCUUGCGAUGUCAUUACCGCUGAGAUUGAACACGUCGACACCUAUGCCCUUGAGGAGGUUGCUUCACAGGUUCGUGUGGAGCCCAGCUGGCAGGCUAUUCGGACUAUCCAGAACAAAUUCAACCAGAAGGAGCACUUGCGCAAAUACGGAAUUCCCAUGUCAAACCACCGGGAGCUCGUUCAGAACACACCAGAGGAAUUGGCCAAGAUUGGAGAGGAGUUGGGUUACCCGUUGAUGUUGAAGUCAAAGACCAUGGCAUACGAUGGACGAGGAAACUUCCGUGUGAACUCGAAAUCAGACAUUCCCGAAGCCCUUGAGGCCCUCAAGGAACGCCCAUUAUACGCAGAGCAGUGGGCCUACUUCAAGAUGGAAUUAGCCGUAAUGGUUAUCAAGACCAAAGAUGACGUCCUCUCAUACCCCACCGUCGAAACCGUCCAAGAAGACUCAAUAUGCAAAACAGUCUACGCCCCAGCCCGCAACGUCUCCGAAAAAAUCAACGAGCAAGCCCAAGCUAUGGCCCGCAAAGCCGUCGCCGCAUUCGACGGAAAGGGAGCCUUCGGCGUUGAAAUGUUCCUCCUAGAAGACAACAGCCUCAUGCUCUGCGAAAUUGCCAGCCGAAUCCACAACUCAGGCCACUACACCAUCGAAGGCUGCGGAAUGUCUCAAUUCGAAGCUCACAUUCGCGCAAUCAUGGACCUUCCCAUCCCCGCGAAGAGCCUCGAGAUCCGUCAGCCAUCUAUCAUGUUGAACAUUAUCGGUGGUGCUGCACCUGAUACACACCUUAAGGCUGCUGAGGCCGCUCUGUCUAUUCCCAAUGCAAGCAUUCACCUCUACAGCAAGGGCGCUGCUAAGCCUGGUCGAAAGAUGGGUCAUGUUACCAUUACUGCUGCGACUAUGCAUGAAGCUGAGACUAUCAUCCAGCCUCUUAUCAACGUUGUUGAUGAUAUUCGUGCCCAGCGCAGCGAUGUUAAGACCAAGGCUGCUGCUUCUGGUCUUGGAAAGGCUGCCCCGCAAGUCGCUGUUGUUAUGGGCUCAGACAGUGAUCUUAAGACCCUUGUGCCUGGUCUCAAGCUACUAGAGAACUACUUUGGCAUCGAAGCCGCAGUCGAGAUUACUUCUGCUCACCGUACCCCAGACUAUAUGGCUGAGUACGCCGCCGAGGCUGCUUCCCGCGGUAUCAAGGUUAUCAUCGCCGCUGCUGGUGGCGCCGCCCAUCUCCCCGGUAUGGCCGCUGCUCACACUGCUCUCCCCGUCAUCGGUGUGCCGGUAAAAGGUAGCUCCCUCGACGGUGUCGACAGCUUGUACAGCAUCGUGCAAAUGCCACGUGGUGUCCCCGUCGCAACAGUCGGUAUCAACAACAGCAUCAACGCCGCUCUCCUUGCCGCUCGUAUCCUGGGCUCCUUCGACCCCGCCAUCCAGCGUAAGGUGGAGUCCUACGCCGAGGAUGCUCGUGCCGAGAACAUGGAGAAGAAGGGUACCAAGCUCCGUGAGCUGGGCUGGGAGAAGUACUUCGAGCAGAUGUAA